CGGACAGAACUUUGUGGUACAUUACAUUUUUUAAAAUUCUUUUAUAACAAUAAUAAAUAAUAUAUACUUUAAAUUUGUAUUUUUUUCAGGUUUGGGGUUGACAAUUGUGUUGCUCGGAACGUAACCGAGACGAUCAAAGGUUACUUCUCCGAGCCACAUCCGAACUGGAAAAAGACGCCGAUCUACGUCAGAAAGACGUGGUUCAAAAUUUUCGCUGUAAGUUACUAUUAAUUAAUUAUAUAUAUUUUAAUUUUUUAUGAUGUAGAUUUUUUAAUUUUUUAAAACUAAUUCUUAAUUUAAUUUUUUUCUGUCAUAGCAAAAAUACCAUUGGUCCAUGGGGGUCAAUGAGAAGGCGAAAGCUCGCUUGUUGGAUACGGUCUCCAACUGGAAGGGUAACUGGAUCGGGAAGGGAUAUGAGCGUGGAAAACCCCAUGAGCUCACUACGGAUGUGUGGGAUGGCCUCAUCCGUGAUUGGCGGGAUCCUGACUCCAUUAGAGUCGCCGAAUCUUGCUCCGCCUCCCGUCAGAUGGUAGAUGAGCACGGCCACGGGCCGAUGCUUCACUCUACGGGUCAAAAAUCCCACGCCGGUGUCCGUCUGGAUAUGGUAAUUAAAUAUUUAAUUUAAUUAAUUUAUAUAUAUGUAUAUAUAUAUAUAUAUUCUAACUUUCUUAAAUGUUUUUUAAGCCAAAGAGAUGGGAGAACUCCCGUCUCUUUUGGAACUUUACCAGAGGACCCACAAGAACAAGGCGGGCCAAUUUCUAGAUGCUAGGUCCGAGCAGAUCUUCAACGACUUGGUUGGUCAGGUUGAAGACCGCCAGACCCAGCUGACCCAGCAGUCCACCGACGGAUUACACGUCACCUUAUCCACACUUGAAGUGGAUAGGAUUUACGAGGAGGUAAAUUUUUUUAAAUUUUAAAUUUUUUUUAUUAUUCAUUUAACUUAACUUUAACUUUUUACUAACAAUAUUUAUUUUUUUGUUUUUAAGGUUGUCCCUAAGAAAAAGGGACGUACGUUGGGGACUGGUUCCGUCAAUGAUGUUCUGAGAGCGACAUCGUCUUAUGGUCAGAGAGACGGGAUAAUGAAGUCACUCAGCUGCGUAACGAGUUGGACUCGAUGCGAUCGGCGUUCACGGCUCGUAUGGGUGGAGUCAAGGGCUUCUUGGACGUUGUAGCGGCCUCAAAUCCGGAAUGGGAGUCUUUGUUGAGGAACAUGCGACGACAAAAUCUCAUUCCAGGCGAGUCAUUCGGCACACAUGAUGAGGCGGAUGUAGAGAGGAGGAGUGAAAAAUUCUACUGGGCGAUGAACGACCCUUAGUUCUUUUUUUUUCUUUUCGUUGGUUGUAUUAUAAAUUCAAAACUUAUUUAUGUAUAAAAUAUUUUCGUAUUUACGUUUAUUUUUCAAAUUAUAUUUUUAUAAGAAAUUAAAUAAUAUUUAUUAUAUUUUUAGUUCUGGAAAAUAAAAAAUCGAAUUAAAUUCGUAGCUAAAUUACGACUACAUUACGUGGAAAGUUUACGAGGAGAAUACAAGGAAAACUUUUACGUCAACACUACGAGGAAAGCUGUACGAGUAUUUUACGUGGAAGGGUUUACGUGUAAUUUACGAGGAAUUACUUUCGAGGUAUUUACGAGGAAAUGAAGCGUCCUCCUUACGUGGAAAGGUUACAUGGUUUUUACGAUGAAUACUUUUCUUCGUCUUUACGACGAAAUGUGUUUUUCGCUAGUUUACGAUGAAUUAACGAGGAAAAAUGCGUUACGGCGAACUAAUAACGACGAAACUUGUUUCCUUGGUAAUUCCUCGUAAAAUCUAUUUUACGACGAACUUGCUACGAAUUUCGCCAUCGUUAAUGUUGUGUUUUCUUGUGCUUAUGCGCUUUAGCCAUCUAAAGCUACACUGUUAAAUGACGUUGAGUUUAAAUUGACAACUUCAAAGUCUAACCAUCAGAUCUGAAAGUUAGUAAAGGGUAGCUACCAAAGACUUCUUCCUGAUUUUUAUCUUAAACAAACUCUGAAGUUAAUUUGACUUAUUAAACAAUUUAACCCUAUAGCAAUAAGAAACAUUCAUAACCUUCAAUAAACAAUCAUACCAAUUGCAGUGAUGACUGCUAUACAAACUGCUUGCUUGCUAUUACAACAUAUUCAACAAUAAGUUGGUUAGAAAGGCUUAGAGAGUAUAACAGUUUUGUCAACAUGGCCAAUCCUAAUUGGCCAUCUCUACUUAUGUUGGUCUUGGCUUUGUUUACCAUUGUUGUUCAUUCAAGUGCACAAUAUUCUCCUCCAUCACCACCACCAUAUGCUUAUAGUUCUCCAUGGCUUCCACCAUAUGUUUACAAGUCUCCUCCACUACCUCCAUAUGUAUAUAGCUCUCCACCGCCUCCUCCAUAUGUUUACAACUCGCCACCACCACCUCCAUACGUCUAUAGCUCUCCACCACCACCACCAUAUGUCUACAAGUCUCCUCCACCACCUACAUAUGUCUAUAGCUCUCCACCACCACCACCAUAUGUCUACAAGUCUCCUCCACCACCUCCAUACGUAUAUCCCUCUCCACCGCCUCCUCCAUAUGUUUACAAGUCUCCUCCACCACCUCCAUACGUCUAUAGCUCUCCACCACCACCACCAUAUGUCUACAAGUCUCCUCCACCACCUCCAUAUGUCUAUAGCUCUCCACCACCACCACCAUAUGUCUACAAGUCUCCUCCACCACCUCCAUACGUCUAUAGCUCUCCACCACCUCCUCCGUAUGUCUACAAGUCUCCUCCACCACCUCCUUAUGUCUACAGCUCUCCACCGCCUCCCCCGUAUAUUUACAAGUCUCCUCCACCACCUCCUUAUGUCUACAGCUCUCCACCGCCUCCCCCGUAUGUUCACAAGUCUCCUCCACCACCUCCCUACGUGUAUAGCUCUCCACCACCUCCACCAUAUGUCUACAAGUCUCCUCCACUACCUCCUUAUGUCUACAGCUCCCCACCGCCUCCUCCGUAUGUUUACAAGUCUCCUCCACCACCAUCUUACGUGUACAGUUCUCCUCCACCACCGAGCUAUAGUUAUAGCUAUAGCUCACCCCCUCCACCAAUAUACUAACCAUAUAUAUAUAAUACAAAGAAGGUUUUACUAAUAAAUUACGACCAUGGUAUCCACGGUUUUACAAUAUUUCCCUUUCGAGACUUCAAUAUAGACGAAAUGUACUUUCGUUUGUACUUAUGCUUUGUGCAUUUUGAUAUUGGGUUGUUGCUUAUGAUGUUUGUUAUGCCUACUAAAAGGCCAGUGUAUUAAUGUCUUAAUUUAUAGCUAUUGAAUAAACUCAAUUACUUUUUAA